AUGAAAUUUGGUAUACAGGUUUAUCAGGAAUCAAGUUCUGGAAAUACAUUGCCAGUAGAGGAUAAAACUACUGAAUCAACAGUUCAAAAGAGUAACACUAACAAGAAAUCAAGACCAAGCAGACCAUGUCCUUUUUGUGGGACUUUUGCCUCAAGACUGACUGAGCAUAUAAAAAGAAAGCAUAAGACUGAAGAAAGCGUCAGAGUUGCACUAGAACUACCAAAGGAACUAAAGGACAGAGAAUUCCAACGAUUUAAGAGAGAAGGAAUUUUUAAAUUUAAUUCAGAUAUCCUGAUGGAUGAUAAUCCAGAUUAUAACAAUCUUUUAAAUGAACGAAAACAAGGUAGUGAAACUUUAGCUAUGUGCUCUCUCUGUAAGGGAUUUUUCAGCAAGAAGAUUAUUUGCAGACACAAGAUAAAAUGUGUUGCAGCAGAAAACACAGCUGACUAUCCCUCCACUUGCAGUGUUAGGCUUUUGAGAUCAAAUCCAGCUUUUUCUAAUUCCUAUAGACAGGAAAUACUAGAGUGCUUCCAAAACACUAAGAUUGGGACACUGAUCAGGUCUGAUGAAUGGAUUCAAAGAUAUGGGUAUUUUUCUUACAAAAAUUUUGAGGGAUCCGAAAAGAAAAUGGAAAAGAGAGCAUCACUGAUGGCCAACCUGAGGCGACUGGCUCAUCUCUACCUAGAAUUUAAGAAAGUUUUAGCUACAGUCGAUCCGCCCAUUACCUCUGAAUCAUGCAGUGAAAUGUUCAAUCGGGAUGCUGUUGAACUCGUUCAAGAUGCCAUUAUUAAUAUGACUACAAGGGAUGAUAAUACUGUUAAGGAUGCAUUAAAAAAAAACAUGAGAUACCUCAUACAAGAUGUUUGUAAGGUAAUGAGAGCGAAUUACCUCCUUUCAAAAGAAGAUGACAAAGCUGAUGAGAUGAGCAAAUUCCUCACAAUUAUGCAAACUGUUUGGCCUUCAUUCUUUGCUGCAUCUGAGGAAGCAUGCUUAAAGAAAAGACAGUCUCAUUUGAGAAGGCCGGAGAGAUUACUUCUUGAGGAGGAUCUUGCAAAACUUAGGGAUUAUAGCAAAGAAGCAAUGGAGCAGUUGGCAUCUGAUGUAUAUGAGAUCAUGGAAUAUAAUAAAUAUAGCCAGCUGAGAGAUGCUGUUGUGUGCAGAUUGACAUUGUUCAAUGCACGGAGGGGAGGGGAACCUAGUCGUUUGACACUGAAAGAAUGGAAUGAUGCUCUUAGUGAAGCCUGGAUAGAUUCCGGUAAAGUUCAAUUGAUUGAAGAUGCGAUUGAAAAAAAGCUUUUAUGUGAAACCAAAAUAGCAUAUAUACAUGCAUCGAAAGUGGCCAAGCUUGUGCCCCUUUUAAUUCCCAAGGACUGCUGGAAAGCAAUGUCAAUUCUUACUGAUGUGGAUGUACGCAGAGGAGCUGAUAUCAAUGUAAAGAAUAAAUUUGCAUUUCCAAAUACAAAGCACUCACUGAAUCAUGCAACUGGAUGGACUUGUGUAAGCAAAAUGUGCAAAAAGGCUGGAUUAGAACGUAGUAUCAAUGCAACAGACAUGAGGCACUAUGUUUCAACAGUAUAUUCUCUGCUGGAUGCAUCACCCCUUGACAGGGAAAUGUUUUUCAAACAUCUUGGACAUUCCAAAAAUAUUAACGAAAAUGUCUACCAAUGUCCACCCGCUUUGAAAACCAUAACGACCGUUGGGAAAUUUUUUAAUUCUUUAGAAGGGAAUAUUGAAACAGAAGGCUGUAGUGAUGAUGGUUAUGAUGAUUCUGCAGAAAAUGAAAUUGGCUCAUGCUUCCAAGAUGAAAACAAUUUGGCUAGACGAAGAUCUGCAUAUAGAAAACUCGAUGGAGAAUCAUUACAGGACUUUCCAAGACUAUCUCUAGAUAUUUUGAGAUCCAUUACCCUUGGAGUCUAUCAAAUCAAGCAAGCACCGAACUAUGCACGGGAGCAUAUAUCAGAAGAAGGAAAUUUUGAUUUGUUGGUCUGCAAAGAGAGUGAAUCGCUAUUGCAGGUUAAGAUCCAGUCAAGACAUACAAAGGCUGCAGUUCACACUCUCUGGAUUGACUACUCUUGUGGAACUGAUCUCCCUAUUAAAAGGUGGUACUGCACUUGA